UCUCAAGAAAUUGAUGAGAUUAUCAAGAGACUUCAAACUCACAAAGGAGUCAUUGGAAUCAUAAUUGUCAACAGUGAUGGUAUUCCACUGAAGUCCACGCUCGACAAUGCAACUUCAAUCCACUAUGCCAGCCAGAUUCACAGCCUUACGUCCAAGGCUAGAGCGGUUAUUAAGGAAAUUGACUCGCUAAACGACCUGCGCUUCUUAAGGGUUCGAUCCAAAAAACAUGAAAUCCUUGUUGCUCCAGAUCACGACUACUUCAUGAUUGUGAUACAGAACUGAGGCUGACGACAAUCCUCCCAUCUCUGCUGGCUAAUCAACAAUUGUAUGGAUUUUGGAAGUUGUGUGUGUACCUGUACUUUGCUCUUUUGUUUUGAUGUAGAAAUGUUAUUGUUAUUGAUGAGGCCAGGUGAAUUUUGUCAUACACAGGCACUUGCUCAUCAACGAAGCUGAUCACGGUUAAUGUAUUGUACAUGGUUGAAGUCCAAUAUUGUUUUUAGCGCACUGAAUUGUAUACAUGUAGCUGGUCUAUAUCUCAUGUAAGAAAGUUGUGAACACUUAAACUGCAUGAAUAUUUGAAAUACAUAAUGGGCAGCUUUUGGCAUUUGUAAAUUUUUCAGUGGAAACUCUCCAUAUAGGUGGAUGCUAAAUUUCCUUUUACAGAAAUGAUUGUUCGCCACCAAGAGUCAUAUUUUUUAAACAUAUAACAUAUAUAUCUGUUUGCUCACUAUGAGAAAGUCAAUUGUUUAUUCAGUUCUAUGGGAAAAAUACUGAUGUUCUGUCUGGUGUCUUGUGUUUAUGAAGUCUUUGGCAUUGUGGUGAAAUCAAGCGCUCGUCAAAAUAAUGGACUUGAAGAAGUCAACUUAUUUCCCACCCACUAGGCAAUUUUUUUCAUUUUUCUUUUUUUUUUUUUAAUUUUGGUUCAACACCUUUUAUGUCAAUUUGAAAACUAAUUUCUUUUUAUUAUUUUACUGAAAAAUGUUGGUCAAGACACAAAAAAUGUAAAUUUGCAGUUUUCACUGACACUCAAGCUUCGGAAGUGGCCAAACUUUGGCAACUGUUUUCUUGCAAAUGUUACCUCUGACACCAGGUGAUCCCUACCUCUUUCUAUUGCAAAUAUCUCGACUAAUAUUCAAGAUAGCUGGGUGUAUUUUUCAUCAAAAGUAAGACAAAUGAACAGGCUUUAAGGUAAUUUCAAUAACUCCUUAUGCCCAAAGAUUGACGAGCUCCUGAUUUCUCUAUGUCGUGACACAAAAUGUAAAGUCCUGUGAAUGGAGUUCACGGCCAUGCCUGCUUCACUGUGAUAUAUAUGACAUGAUUCGACUUUGCUGUGAGCCUGUGAGGUGUGUUGUAUUGUUCGUUGUAAUAAACUUCAGUUGUAGCCUGUGUUGAUUCAGGAAGUUUAUCGGGCUUUGUUUAAAAUUCGCCAUGAACUGCAGAAAUGUGAGCCAAAUACUCAAGAUCACUAAUGCAACCUGGUUCUUGUUUUCUAUUGGUGAAAGACAGCAUUUCCUUUUAGUAAUAUAUGCACAACUGUACCUCUAAUUCAUGUAGUUUUUAUGCCUGUAUUUUUUUUAGUGGCAUAUUUUAGAGUGUCAUGGUUUACAACUUCUUUUUUUAGACAAAACUGUCUCAUUUACAUUUCUCUUCUAGUAAUACCAGUACAUGUAAUAUUAUGGUGUUGGUCACACAUAUCACGCUUUCAAUUCCUUCAAAAAUUUUGCUGAUAUUAACAGGUCACGAUUAGAGUCAGUAUCGUUUAACCGCUGGUGGUUUAUUGUCUUUUCAUAUUUCUGUAAGUUCCUGUCACAUUUUGAAACUUCCCGUGUCUAUUUCAAUUCAUGUAUGGGUGAAAGGGUGCAUUUUGAAAAUUAAUACGUCACUUCUAGUUCAAUAAGGAUGUGUGUGUGUGAGAAUAACAUCAUGUCAGCAACGCUUUGUUUUAAGAAGAUACAGGAAAGUAAUAGGUUGUGGAUUUUACUCUAUAGAGAUGUGUGGCAUAUUUACUCUCAACACUCUUUGCUAAGUUAUUCUUAUUCAUAAUUCUUCCGACUGCUAGGUGGCAUCUUGGGACAUAUACCCAGUAUGGCAUUUCUUAUGAAUUUUCAGUACCAUUGAAUGUAGAGAUAACCUAAUUCUGUUGUUUUUUUUAUCUUUUACGUGUUGACAGAGGUGUGUAUCAGAAAAUACAUUUUCAUAGUUAACAACCAGCAUGUAAAAAAAAAAUCUAGUACAUAUUUGGGGGUGUGAGCAAGAAAGUCUGUUUUACUUGAAGGACUAGUGUUGCUCCUCAUGGAUUUGCCAGUGGUGUAAAAAAUUCUGAACUUUCAAGACUGGAUUUGUGAAUAUUAAUUUGAGUGAAGCUGAUAGGUCAACCAUAGGUUGCUUCUGAUACCAUAGUUAACUAUUGAGCACGAAUUUAUUGAAAGGAGAAAUGUGUGUGAAGGGUUUAGGGAGAGCUGCAUGGCCAUUGCUCCACAUCUUGACCCCACAGUUUCGGUAAAGUCUGGUUUGGUUUUGAAAGACUGGCAGCUAUACAUUAAUAAUAAUAACUUUUUUGUGGUUGUCUGCUGGUAGCAGCUAUACAAGCCAUAAUAUAAUAUGCUGGGCAAGAGAAAAUAAGCUUCAUCACUAAGUCUUAUAUAAUGACUUAUUGUGUUGCAAGUGAUGUAAAACUGUUGCCAAAACUUUCUUUAAAAAAAUAGAAAAGUGGCUUCAUUUCUGAAUGUUAUAUAGACAUGGGGAGUCAUUCAAGAAUUUGACUGGGUGUUGAAAAUUGGAAAAAAUAUAAUUGUUAAGAUGAAUAGUUAGUUGACAUAAGGUACACCUAUAUAAGAGAAAGAGGAAGUUCUAAUCAAAUCUCUUUUGAGUACCUUACAGCCUCAUUGGCUGCUGGCAUCUGUUUUAGCCUGAGCUGGCUGUGAUCUCAUGUCAAAAUGUUGUAUUGUGUUGUAAAAAAAAAAUCAUAAACCAAGGUAAAAUAUUAAGGGCUAUUUUUUCUUCUUUAUGUUGAUUUUUCUUCAGGAAAUUUUUUCAAAAACAACAUUCCAAAUUUUCUUGCCUACGUUACAAAAUGUCUUGAGGUUAUUGAUACUUUUGUUUUGUUUUUUUAUUGUGUCAAAUACACUUGUGCUUAGAAUUCCAUUGACUCUUCUUUAUGAGAGAAUUAAUCCACGGGGGGGGUUCUGGUUUUUUUGUGGUUUUUUUGUCCCCUGCAGUCCUGUUAUUUUUAUUUUUUAAAUUAUUCUUUUUUUUGACUCAAAGGUCACAUAAAUGAAAAAGUUUUUUCUUUGUCCAUCAAUUCAAACAUUAUGAAACAUUGUAAAUUUUGUCAUGAAUGAAGACAUGAAGAAAAACUUCCCCAACAUACGAAGAAAAAGUCUUGUUCACAUACUCCUAAUAAUCCAUGUUUAUACUUCCUUUUUUUGUUCAAAGUUUCUCAGGUAGCUAAAUAACAUGGUAAGAUGCAUAAUCUUCCGCACAAUUUGUACAUUUGUUUAUGUUAGGAGAGUUAUGGCAUAAUCUUGAAUCAUUCUUUUGUGGACUUAAGUACUUCAUGUUUAUGAAUAGGACCUUUUUGUUAAUGACAUUCAGAUGUUCCAAACAUUUCUAUGCAUUUGUUUACCUCUGGGUUUUUUCUAUUUUAUCUGUGGUGUAUUAUUCUUACCCUGAUGCUAAUCUGAGAAUACGUCUCACUACAUUCGCAUUCACCGUGUGUGAUAGUCAGACAGGUUCAGUGUUAGUUUUAGCUUUCUUAUGCUCAGGCUUUUAGUUUGUAGGGCAUUUUUUUUUGUGGACGCUUAGACCGAGCAGAGGGUCUAUAGUGGGGCUGUUCCAGCUGUGGUCUAUUGCUUUAGACGGAGUAGAGGGACCAUAGUUUUCAUGCCCAGGCUCAGGCAGGAUACUUUUUGUCUCUCUACUCUGUAUAUGUUGAGUACCUCUGCUUUGUGUGUGUAGAGAGAACCUUUUGCUUGCCGCUGAUUUUGUGUCAUGGCGACUCGGCCGUCACUUCUGUGGUGUAGUGGUUAGAUGCUUUGCUGUUAUGCGCAGGAGACGUGAGUUCGACUUCCAAAUGGGGAGAAUUUUAAUUGAUUUUUUCAGUCUUUGCGCUGGGAGGUUGUAUCUUUCUCAACCCGGGUUAGCCCUGACAGGCAGGAUCGGAAGCCUUCCUCCUAAAUAAUGUAAAUUCUGUUGAUAGAGGCAUAACACACUUGCAAUUUUUUUUCUAAAUUGUUUGCCACUAAUUUGGUUUUAUCGUGACUGUUGUCAUUUAUGGUCAAGAAUUGUUCUACAAUACUGAGAGUUGAGUCUUCGAUUUAAAAAAUAUAUAUUUAUGAAAAUAUGCCGAAAAAUUGUUGCCAUAAGAUUUAGUCCUAGUCUACAAAAUUUGUACAAUGCUACAAAUUUUUUUGUCUCGGGUAAUCUUUAAAUUUCAGGUUAUUAUACAAUAGAGAUGCCUUUUGAAAUAUCGAACUUUGCCGCUGAUGAAAUAAAGAGUGAAGGAAUAUUUUUUUUUUUGAGUGUGGAAAUAUAUAUAUAUAAUAUAUUUACAAUGGAUUGUACAAUAUUUAACCUUUGCUGUUGUUUCUAAGGCUUUUAGCAGUAUUACCUCUUGGUUUCGGUGAUGUUGGCAUAUUUUCUUGUUCUGCGUAAUGCCCAUUGUGCAAUCUAGUUUACAGCUUAUAUAUUUGCAAUCAGAUAUAUAUAUGGCAAGGGCUAUUUGAUCCUUUUUUUUUUACUUAUGAGAACUAAUAUGUCUCACUGUGAAAGUGUUUAUUGUCUACAUACAGAUAGCCGAUAAAACUCUGUUCAAACAUAUCCUGAAUGGAAACGUCCCAAGUCAUCAUUCUAGUUCAAAUGACAAUACUGUUACUUUGCUGUGGUUGUGGGUUGUCUGGCCAUGGACUAAUAACCGAUUUAUUUUUCAAUGUACGUGUUCCAACUUUAUGAAAAUACAUGUUCAUGUUCCUGAGAUUAUGUAGUGUUUGAUUUCCCCCAGAUAUUUUUACAUGUCUUGUUCGUGUGUUCUUCAGGCUGUCUGUGAGUGAUUAUGAAAGUGUGUCUACAUUAUAUCCCAGUGUGCUUUAGUUCUUUUUGUGCUUUUAUCUUGGCCAUUAGUGACUUGUCGGGUAACUGGCUUUUCUUUAACAGAAAACCUGAGCUCUCUGUGUUCCAUCACUGUCCCUCUGUCCUUUGGGUUUUUCUUACAUCAUCUUGCUUUAUCCUACCUCUGUAAAACAAUUUCAGUUACUGUGUUGAUGUGCGUAUCUUAACUUACACACAGCAAAAGUUCUACCAACCUGUGUGUUCGACCAUUUUUUUGCUUCACCCUGAAAUCCCUCUUCACCUAUUUAUUUUAUUGUUGUAAUAAUAGAUUUAAGAAAAGUGACUGUUUCCUGUUGUUUGAGAAAUGUUUGUUCGUGUGUGUCUAUGUGUGAGUUUGUUUUAGUUGGAGAGGGGGGGAGUUUUCUGGUUUGGUUUCCUGAUCAUGCUGCAUUUAUUAAUAACACAUAAUUUGACGAUUUA